UUCUGAACAUUGUAGUUCGCUCGCACAAAGAUCACUUUACAUCACUCUCAUAGUUGCAGAUUCUUACAUGCUCAUCUACUUAAUAUCUUGAAAAUGGGUGAUUCUGUCGACAUAAUUGAGCCGGUGGAAAACCCUACUGAUGCGACCGAGCCUGUCAGCGUGGAGCAGCCAUCCGAGAUUGUUUAUAUGAGCGGAAUUCGUUUGUGGCUGGCAGGAUUAGGGUUGGCUCUGAGUGUCGUGCUCCCCGCCCUCGAGGUCUCCAUCGUCAGCACCUCAUUGAUAACGAUUGGGAAUGCAUUGAACGAUUAUGACCAGAUCAGCUGGCUGGUGACUGCUUAUCUGGUUACAUAUACAGGCUUCCUAGUCAUAUGGUCGAAACUUUGUGAUCUUUUCGGACUCAAACCUACUAUGUUCGUCUCGAUGGUCCUCUUCAUGGGAUUUUCUGCCGGAUGUGGAGCUGCUCAGUCUAUGACACAGCUCAUCAUAUUCAGAGCCUUUCAGGGCGUCGGUGGAUCCGGACUCUACUCGAUCACCACCAUCGGCUUUAUACAAAUGGUUCCUCCCACUCGUUACACUCAGAUCACCGCUGUGGCAUCAUCGUUGAUGUCCUUGGGAAUGAUCUUGGGCCCGCUUUUGGGAGGAGCAAUCAAUGAUGGGCACCAUUGGCGAUGGGUAUUCUAUCUCAAUGUUCCUGCAGGCUUUGUCGCGCUUGUCAUCGUCAUGCUCACCUUUCCUAAAGGCUUCCCCCAUACUCAUAAUCGAGAUAAAGAGAAGACGACACCAUGGAUACUUCAGAUUGUGAAGAAGCCCGACAUUCUUGGGGCAUUCCUACUUUUGGGCGCCUCCAUUCUCUUCGUUGCUGCGUUAGAAGAAGGUGGUGUUCGCUUUCCGUGGAAUUCAGCCAUCAUUAUCGUCUUCUUCACAGUGUCAGGGCUUCUUUGGAUUGCCUUUUUCCUCUGGGAAUGGUAUGCCAGCCGUGAAGGAUCCUUGGUCGAACCUAUGUUUCCUUGGCGAUUUUUCAGCAACAGAGUAUGGAUGGGAACUCUGUUGGGCUGUUUCUUAUCAGGAGCGCCGCUCACCAUCGCCGUUAUCGAGCUUCCGCAGCGCUAUCAGAUAGUCAAUGCAAGCUCACCAUUGGACGCCGGUGUGAAACUUCUUGCAUAUGCUGCUGCUUGUCCUCUCGGUGUUGUCAUGGCUUCCAUGGCCACGGGCAGGUUGAGGUUUCCAUUCGUUGCAGUGAUGUUGCUUGGAUGCACGCUGCAAUCGGUGGGCUUUGGACUCCUAUCAACGCUACCAACAUAUACGGAAAAUUGGAACGGUCAGUACGGCUACAGCGUUAUUGCAGGUCUCGGGACAGGUUCCACGAUUGGUGCGCUUUACAUGUUGGGGCCAAUUGCAGUUCAAAAGAAAGACCAGGCUCUCGCAAUCGGUUCUGGAUUGCAGUUCCGCAUGCUUGGAGGCGCAUUGGGCAUUGCUGUCAUGAACACUGUGUUGAAUAGUUACAUCAACUCGCACUUGCCGCUACUGCUUGACGGGGCACAGCUGAUCGGCGUUCUGGACUCAGCAAGUAGGAUUGCUCUGCUUCCUCAGGAAUUGCAGGAUGAGGUCCGAGCCGUUUAUGGACAAGGGUACAAUUUGCAAAUGCGAGUCACUCUGGCGUUCUCCGCAGCAGUUUUAUUUUCCAUCGCUCUAGUUUGGAAGAAGAAGCCACUCAGGUUGGGCAAAGAUGGAAGGCUGGAGUAAUACGCACAUUCCGGUGAGCUGAUGAUCACAUAUUACUCCACAGCGGGCUUCUGCAAAGUAACCGACAGAUAAUAAGCACAAACUUCAGACACAGAUAUGAAUCGUUCAAAACCCGAACCGAGAUCUAGUAUUGGUUAUAAAGUCCGUGAUAGUACAUAUCUGUGGUGAGACUUCAGAGACUUGGUAGUUGAAAUCUUAUCUUGCUUCGAGAUGAAGUGUGGGUAGUAUCCGGAGGCAACCCAUAUUAGGAUCCUUACGCACAAUCAAACAAUAUCAAAGAUGUGUAUCUUGAGGCGUAAUGCAGUAAUCAAUGUCUCU